CCAAACACAAAAAUCUUCAAUUUUUUCAUAGAUGCAGUUGUUCGUCUUCCGAACCCUAAUUCAGGAAACAGACGAUACCACUUCUCUUAUCUCAAUUUUGUGUUACCUCUAGAUCCGUUGCCAUUAUCAAAUUCUUGAAAACCCUAAUAAAUUUCGUUCAUCUUUAAGCUCAAUCCUCAUCGAUUGGGGAGAGGAGGAGAAGAGAUUAUCAAUCUUCAUUAUUCCAGAUUAUCCUUAGUUUUAAUCAAUUUCUAAUUCUGGGUUUCCGAUCCAAAUUUUAUCGUGUCGGAAUUUUGUUGUUCGUGUUGUCGUGAAAAUCUUGUUUUUCCUCAUUUCCCCAAACGAAAACUUAAAUCGUUCCGUCGAAAUCUUAUCCUGACCUCAGUUUAACGUUUUAGUUUGAUCAAAUUGGUACCAUAAAUUUUGUUGGUGUAUUACGUUUCGAUCUUAGCGAUCCCCAUUUCAAAUCAAUUUUACAUAAGAUCAAAUAAUCAUCGGGAAUUUUUAGUUGUGUGCAUAGGUGUAUAUUGCAUAUAUAUAUAAGUUCGUUUCCGAAAGAAAAAGAAAAGAACAAAACCCUGGUUUUUUUUUUUGAAAAUUUGAAUUUCGAUCUGGUCCAAGUUUGCAAGUGCAUUUGAUACUGAGAAAAAUGGUUGGUGGUGGAAAUAGAAAGGAUGAUCCAAUUGCAAUUAACAGCACCAACGUUUUUGCUGCUCUUGGAAGCUUAAAGAAGAAGAAAAAGUCUGAUAAAGAGCAGGGUUCUUCGAAGAAGGGUAGUAGUUCGAAGAAGAAGCAGGAUAAGGAGAGCAAGGCGGAGAAGGAGCAGGUUUUCUGGGCUCCGGCACCGUUAAUGGUGAAGUCGUGGGCGGAUGUGGACGAUGAAGAUGAUGAUGAUUAUUAUGCAACAACAGCUCCACCUCCUGUUUGGGGUGCCUCUGCCGGGAUGCAGCAAGAUAAGGUCAAAGGAAACGAGACUCCAGUUGAGGAAAGUGAAAGUGAAGAUGAAGGUCUUGAUGAAAUUGAUGAUGAGAAUGAUGAAGAAAAUGAUCAUGAAGCAGAAGUGGCAGCAGAAAAAGAGCCGGUUGUUCAGAAGCCUGCUGAAAAAGAACCGGUUGUUCCCAAGGAUGACAGACAACUCUCGAAGAAGGAACUGAAGAAGAAAGAACUUGCAGAACUUGAAGCAGUGCUUGCUGAGUUUGGAUUGGCUGAAAGCAGCGGCCAAGAAGAUUCCCGUGGUGGCACCCGAGAGAAGGUGGAGAAUCGGAACGGAGAGCAAGAGAAGAAAGACAAAAAUCCCCCUGGUGGCGAGAGUAAAAACGCUAAAAAGAAGAAGAAGAAAGAGAAGUCUUUUAAGGAUGCUGCCAAAGAACAAGUAGUCUCCAAUGGGCCCGAUACUGAAAAUUCAACAUCAGAAGCUGCGACUGGAUCACAGAAGGUUGAAGGUUUAUCUGGGAUCGAUGUGAAAGAGAAGAUAAAAAAGGUGGUGGCUGCAAAAAAGAAGAAAUCUAACAAGGAGAUGGAUGUUGCCGCCAGAGCUGCCGCUAGUGAAGCGGCAGCAAGGAGUGCAAGGCUUGCAGCCGCUAAGAAGAAGGAGAAGAACCACUACAACCAGCAGCCUGUGCGGUAAAUUAGCUUCUUUCUUGCUGAUAUUAUGAUAUGAUAUGCUGCUGGUGCUGGUGCUGGUGCUGGUGCAAGUGAGCAUGGAUCGAAUAAUCUUGGUUUCAAAUUUAAGAUGAUUCCUUUUUUACAUAGCGCGAUAUUUUGAAUUUUACUUGAAAGAUUAGUAGAAAUCUAGGAUUUUUACGGUACUUUUAUUGGUAGUUCUAAGAUUUCUUGUGUAGAGAGUAGAGACAUCUUUGAAUGUGUUACUAAAUCAUGAAUUUUGGUUGAUGGAUGGUUCUUUUGGUGUG